AUGAAGACUAUCCUGUGUAUCGGCAUGGCCGGCUCCGGCAAAACCACCUUUAUGCAGAGGCUGAAUUCCCACCUGCAUGCGUCGAAAGAACCGCCGUAUGUGAUAAACCUGGACCCGGCCGUUCUGAAGGUGCCAUACGGAGCCAACAUCGACAUCAGAGACUCGAUAAAGUAUAAGAAGGUGAUGAGCAACUACAACCUGGGGCCGAACGGGGCGAUCGUGACCAGUUUGAACCUUUUCAGCACGAAAAUCGACCAGGUGAUCGGCCUCGUUGAGAAGAAGCAGGACAAGUACCAACAUUGCAUAGUGGACACGCCUGGCCAGAUAGAGUGUUUUGUGUGGAGUGCAUCGGGCUCCAUCAUCACGGAGUCGUUUGCCUCCACGUUCCCCACAGUUAUCGCGUACAUCGUAGACACGCCCAGAAACACAUCGCCGACGACGUUUAUGAGCAACAUGCUGUACGCGUGCUCCAUCCUGUACAAGACGAAGCUGCCCAUGGUCGUGGUGUUCAACAAGACCGAUGUGCAAGACGCUUCGUUUGCCAAGGAGUGGAUGACGGACUUCGAAGCGUUCCAGGAGGCCCUGCGCGCAGACCAGGAGCUGAACGGCGAGGCCGGGCUCGGCUCUGGCUAUAUGGGGUCGCUCAUCAACUCCAUGUCGCUGGUGCUCGAGGAGUUCUACUCGCAGCUGGACAUGGUCGGCGUCUCCAGCUUCACGGGCGAGGGCGUGUCCGACUUCCUGCGCGCGGUCGACAAGAAGGCGGAGGAGUACGAGACGGACUACAAGGCCGAGUAUCAGAGACUGCAGGCCGAGAAGGCCCAGAAGGAGGAGGCCCGGAAGGAGAAGUCGUUGGAAAAGCUAAUGAAGGAUCUCGGCGUGCAGGAUGCAACUAAGAAGCCCGCCGACACCGACGACGGUGUGGAUGUGGUGAGUGACAUCGAGGAAGGGGAGCACGACGGCAUCGUGCCCCGCGACGAGGACGAGGACGUAGAGCGCGAGUACACGUUUGCCGGCGACCAGCGGCUCUCCGGCGAGGUCAACGAAGACACCACACCGGACCUGCAGCAGAAGUACGAGGAUGCCAUGGCGCGGACCGCCCGGUCUGCCAGCAGCCAGACCGCAGAGAACAUCGCCCGCUACAUCAGGCAGUAG